AUGGCCAGAUUUCUUGUAAUCAGUUACGUUACGGUAUUGUUGGUAGUAACAAUAUACGGACAACACUCUGACUCCAGUUAUUCAAUACAUGGCGAUACAACAUCAAACAUAAGUGAUAUAGAAUCCCGACAGAGUGGACCGGACCUAGAAUUCCGAUACCAUGAUCACGAUGAAAUGACAAGAUAUCUUAGAUCAGUCUCCGCAAGUUAUCCAGCUCUCACCGCUCUAUACUCCAUAGGGAAAUCCGUUGAAGGUCGGGACCUGUGGGUGAUGGUUGUGUCUGCGUCACCGUACGAGCACAUGAUAGGGAAGCCAGAUGUGAAGUACGUAGCAAACAUCCACGGUAAUGAAGCAGUCGGUCGCGAGCUGUUACUUCAUCUCAUACAGUACUUAGUUACGUCAUAUGAAACAGAUUCAUAUAUAAAAUGGCUGCUGGACAACACCAGAAUUCACUUGAUGCCAUCCAUGAACCCAGAUGGUUUUGCCAUAUCGAAGGAAGGCCAAUGCAACACUAUUCACGGCAGACACAAUGCAAGAAGAUACGACCUGAACCGAAAUUUCCCAGAUUUCUUUAAAGCAAACUCAAAACAACCUCAGCCGGAGACGGAGGCAGUGAAAGAAUGGAUUAGCAAGAUCCAGUUCGUACUCUCCGGCUCGCUGCAUGGUGGCGCUCUGGUUGCAUCCUAUCCUUUCGAUAACACACCCAGUGCUAGAAUAUGCAGAUCAUCAGUAUCGUGCUCCGUAUUCCAAAGCUACGCGCACAGUCCGUCCAUCUCGCCGGAUGAUGACGUAUUUCGACAUUUGUCACUGGUGUACUCCAACAAUCACGCCAAGAUGUCAAGGGGUGUUUCCUGCAAGUCUAACACUCCGAGCUUCAAAAACGGCAUCACUAAUGGUGCAGCCUGGUAUCCGUUGACAGGUGGCAUGCAAGACUACAAUUACUUAUGGCAUGGAUGCAUGGAGAUAACUUUGGAGAUCUCCUGUUGUAAAUACCCACCAGCUCACGAACUACCCAAGUAUUGGAUGGAUAACAAACAGUCGCUGAUUAAAUACUUGGCGGAGACUCACCGCGGCGCGCAUGGAUUCGUGAUGGACGAGAACGGCAACCCGGUUGAGCGCGCAUCCGUCAAGGUGAAAGGGCGUGACGUCACCUACCACACCACCAAGUACGGAGAGUUCUGGCGCAUAUUACUACCAGGGACCUACCGCUUAGAUGUGUCGGCAGAAGGAUAUUUGCCUCAAGAAGUAGAAUUUAUUGUUAUCGACAGUCAUCCCACGCUUCUGAAUGUCACUUUACAUUCAGCUAAACGCAUAGACACCGGACCGUACUACAGACCAGUUGUGUCGCGACCCCCACCUGCUCCCGCGCCUGGGUUUCUUACCUCCAUCAGCAACUCCUUCCAGAAUAUUUUUAGCAACUUCUUCGGAUAA